AUGUUCGAGAAACCGCCCAUUUGGGUUAUAGUUGUGGGCCUAAAUGUCUGCAUUUUGAUAUGGUUGAUCACAGUCCAGGAGCCGGUUAUGUAUGAUGCCUCUACAGCCAUUAUAACCAGUGGCAGCAUCAACAAUAAUAACAACAACAGAAAUAGUUUACAACAACUAAAUGAUGUGGCAGCACCACCAGCAUUUCAACAACGUGUGGGACGUAAUGAUCGUGAUAUAGCUCCACUGUUUUCCGGCAGACAUUUGUCAUUUAGUGAUGUGAAUGGCUCCAGUACGUUUCCAACUACCCUAAAUUGGAAUAUCAGCAGCAGUAGCAGUAGCAACAGCAAUAACAUUAGCCAAAUAACUCGUUCCGAGGAAAUCGUACAGAGUACCACCACUGUUACUGACCUGCUAGCGAAUAUACAUUCAUUAACAUCUAGUCUGGGAACGGGAGUUCUCGAAACGAUACAAAGACCAACACCAUCAUGGAUAAAAAUGACUGCUGUUUCAUCAGCACUGCCGGAAGAAGACUUCAAUCAUUUGAUAGAUUUACAUGACUUCCAUUAUCUUGUGCCUCAACCGGUGUGCAGCUCGAAUGUGGAGGCCCUAAUACUGGUGCACUCGGCACCACGCAAUCAACCGAAACGGCAAAUAAUACGCGAAACAUGGGCUAGCAUUGGUCGUCAUAUGGUCGAUUCACCCAUCCGGGUGUUAUUUCUUUUGGGUGCUGUCGCGGAGGAUUCUCUACAGCAUGAGGUUAUGAAGGAGAACAGCGACUAUGCUGAUAUCAUUCAAGGUUCAUUCAUGGAUGAUUAUCGCAAUAUGACCUACAAACAUGUCAUGGCCUUUAAAUGGUUCCUUUACAAUUGUCCCGAUGCCCAGAUAUUAAUCAAAGUGGACGAUGAUGUCUAUGUAAAUACGCCGCAACUAAUUAAAUAUCUGAAGGCCGAACAGCUCUUUCAUCGACCACAAAAUUUACUGUUCUGCCAGAAGAUUACCGGGUCAUUGGUUAAACGUUCCUAUCGUUCCAAGUGGCGUGUCAGCUUCAAAGAAUAUUCAGAGCGUUAUUAUCCACCGUAUUGUCCCGGCUAUGCCAUCAUCUACUCGCCGGAUGUGGUCUUUCGCCUGUACAAUGCCGCUCAGAAUUUCAAAUAUUUUUGGAUUGAUGAUGUCCACAUAACCGGUGUUCUGGCCCAACAAACCAACACAACAAUAACCACCUCAUCACAUUAUGUUCUCUACAGUGACGAAUGUGAACGUCUAUUGACGGGCAAGACUGAUCUCCAAGAUACGGAAUUUCUGUUCGCUUGGCAUAGUAUAUCGGCUCAGCAAAUCAAAGCGAUUUGGCAUCUGCAAAUGAUGUCGCUCGCCUCACCCGACGAUCUGAUCUACAGCAGAAGUACGAAUCACAACAGCAACAACAGAAGAAAGAAAUCAAGACGACGCCAGGGCUCAAGCUUCAAGAAUGCCAGAUUAGCAUACAACAUCACUACCAACAACAAUUUACUAACAACAUCGGAUGGCUUCAGAUAG